CCACCAGGAAAAGGCGGGAAGAGUGGUGCGGCCGGAGCGAAUUCUUCGAAUCUCGAUGAUGGCGUUGUCGACGGCAGAAGGCGAGGAGCGGUGGAACAGAGAGAUCGUGCCGCGGGUCUUCGUCGUAGUGAGCGGCAGGCUCGCCCAAGCGACGGUUUGCCGUCUCCUGCUCGUCAGCCCUUGGUGCUAUCGAGCCCUUCUCUCCCACCGUCCGCUUUGGGAGGUUCUUGAUUUUCGUGAAACUAAUGAUGCUGGUAAUCGACUUUUCGCUGCCCUCGCUUUGCCAAGGUACAAGCACAUCAAGCACAUAAACCUUGAAUUUGCUCAAGAUAUUGAAGACAAACAUCUUGCUCUUCUUAAAGGCAAGCUGCUUGAAGACUUGCAGUGUCUUAACCUAAAUGGCUGCCAAAAGAUUUCUGAUGAUGGGGUCGAAGCUAUAACUAGUGUUUGCCCAAAGCUCCAAGCAUUCUUUAUCUAUUGGAAUAUGAGGGUUACAGAUGUGGGAAUUAAGUACCUUACCAAUAAUUGUAAGGAGAUAGUUGAUUUGAACCUGAGUGGCUGUAAGAAUGUGACUGACAAGAGCUUGCAACUAAUUGCAAAUACUUACCAAGAGAUGAAAGCUUUAAAUUUGACAAGGUGCACCAAGAUCACCGAUCAAGGGUUGCAGCAAAUAUCGUUGAAAUGUUCUAGCUUAGAGAGCUUGAACCUUUAUGCACUUUCGAGCUUGACGGACAGGGCAUACAAAAAGUUUGCAUUGCUUUCUCAGUUACGGUGCUUGGAUCUUUGUGGCGCACAGAACUUGUCCGAUGAAGGUCUUUGCUCAAUAGCUGAGUGCAGAGGUCUCGUUUCUCUGAAUUUAACAUGGUGCGUGCGUAUUACUGACAUUGGCGUCCUAACCCUUGCACGGAGUUGCACUUCUCUUGAGUUUCUUAGCGUAUUUGGGGUUCUUGGCGUCACGGAUCUAAGCUUAGAGGCACUCUCAAAGUCUUGUUCAUGCACCCUUACGACACUCGACGUCAAUGGUUGUGUGGGCAUAAAGAGACGUAGCAAGGAGGAACUUUUGCAAUUAUUUCCCAACCUCCGAUGUUUCAAGGUGCACAGUUGAGUGUAAAAUAUCCACCGCGUUGUUGUUCGGCACGGAACGUGCACUUGAGCAUUCCAACAGUUGUAUUAUUGGCACGAAGCAUUUCGUUCUAAGACAACCCCUUUUCUGGUAAUUCUAGGUAUAACGUCGCAAUCUCUCUCUGGGUACGUUUUUCUCUAAAUUUGGAGUGACGAAUGAAUAAGAAAAACUUGCUAGGAUAAUUAUUAUAAACAAGAUAGGUGCUUUGCA